AUGGCUGAUGCUUUCUACCGGCUCAAUUCUAGAGGAAAGGGUGGAGUAGCACUCUUCAUUCGAAAGGACUCAAUACUCGGUCACAAAGAAAUCCCAUCGGACUCUUCCAGAAUCCUAGCCGUACAAGUCAAACUCAAGGUGUCUAAAGAAUCCCUGACAAUGAUCUGUUGUUAUCUGCCGUGUGGAACUUCACUCAAAGACCAGGCUGACUACCACACUUGUCUUGCUCUAAUAGCUCAUAUCAGAUCUACCAUACCUGACUCCCUCAUCAUUGCGGGUGACUUUAAUGCAGACAUCAUGAACUCCUCUCCCACUAAGAAAACUGAGCAUCUCCUUCUAAACUUCUUAGACCAAGAAGGCCUCUGCUACCUGAGUUCUGAACUACACCAUGAUGGUGACUACACCUAUCAAACUGAUGAUGGCAGACAAAGAUCUUACAUUGAUGGCUUUAUCGUACCCACCAGGGACUUGGCUCUGUAUCAGAGUCUAACCAUCACCGGGGAGGAUUCUACCAACACAUCUGACCAUCUAAUGGUACUGACUUACCGCCAACAAGCAAUGACUCAGGAUCAUGUGCAACGAAACCUCCCAGCUCACUCUACACUGCUUAAGAGAUUAAAGAUCAAAUGGGGAGCAUGCAGCCCCAGUGAGGUUCGUGACAAGUAUACCCUUCCUAUGGAGAGAUAUGCCUUUCAGCUUUUUCAGAAUCUGGAUGAUACUCUAUUACUGGAUAGAAUAGACACAAACUAUCUCCUAUGCAGCUUGACAGAAGCAAUGGUGGAGAUUUCUCUCUCACUUCCUCACUGCUAUCCGUCGACGAAGAAAAGAGGCAAGCCUGAAUGGUCCCCUGCUGUUCAAGCUGCCUACAACCAGGCUCAAAGAGCUUGGAGAGACUGGCGUUCUGUAAACCGACCUAAAGCAGGCCAUUGCUACCGGAAACAUCUACAAAGCAAAAAGACCUUCCGGAGUUGCUUGAGGCAGGCUAGGGCCUCCCAAAAGCUCUCACUAUGGAAGCAGAUAGAGAAGUCAUCCCACUCUAAUCAGUCUCUGUUCCAUCACCUGGUCAAGAGGAAUAAAGGCAGCAAUUCUCAUCAAACUCAAACGAACACCCUAGAAUAUGCUGACCAGAUCUACCUUGAUUCAGAGGUUCUCAAUGGAUGGCACAUCUACUUCUCUGAUCUUGCACACGACCCAUCCACUCUUCAUCAAGCCAAUGCAGCCGAAGGGUAUAUUGACACAAUUGAGACUCCUGAUGAGCAUGUAACUGAAGGUACACCACCCCCUUCUACACACCCAGUCUGGCAACUCAGCUCAUUGGACCUCAGAGAUGCCAUCGCUAGACUGAAAUAUGGAAAAGCUAGCGGCCCAGACAACAUCAGUUCUGAGCAUCUGAAGCAUCUUGGUGAAGUAUCCCGCAGGCUGCUGCUUGUCCUUCUUAAUGCCAUCCUACAUCAAGGACACUGCCCUCAGCCGCUGAAAUCUGGCAUCAUACUCCCUUUUCACAAAGGUAAAGGGAAGUGCACAGAAGACCCUCGCAACUACCGUGGGAUCACCCUUACAUCUACCAUCUCAAAGUUGCUAGAGACGUGCCUUAAACCUCUUCUUGAAUUCCAACUCUCCAUCAAGGAUAUACCAGACCAACUGCAAUUUGGAUUUAGAAGAGGAUUCUCUUGCCAACUCACAGCCUUAUGUCUGCAACUGAUCAUCGAAGUUCAGCAAGUUGAGAAAAGGCCUACCUACGUUGCCUUCCUAGACGCUGAAAAGGCAUUCGAUAAAGUAUGGCAUCGAGGCUUGCUGAAGAAACUGAGAGCCGCUGAACCGGAUCAUUUCAUUCUUCGAACAAUAGAGAGCCUGUAUGAUGGUAUGUAUAGCCUUGUCUAUUGGGACGGCAAAGUCUCUCCUCCAAUCCAUAUCCAGCAGGGUGUAAGGCAAGGUGGAGUGCUCUCACCUUCUCUCUACACUCUUUUCAUUGAUGGACUUAUCAAGACUCUUCGAGACAAGAAUCUUGGCUGCCAUAUCAAUGACCGGUAUGCCGGAGUCCUUGUUCUUGCCGAUGAUGUGGCACUUCUGAGUAACUCUGCAACAGAGCUUCAGGCGAUGCUAGACACCACAUUAGCCUAUUCACAGUGCUGGAGGUACAAGAUCAACCCAACUAAAAGCGCUGUGGUGGUCAUGCACCCGAAGAAGAAUGACACACAGACUGUCUGGAAGAUGGGCGACUCCCCAAUUUCCCGUAAGGAUUGCCACGACCAUCUGGGCAUCCCCAAGUCUGGUUCUCGCCUAGACCCCACCGACCAGAUCAUCUCGAGAGGUCUUAAGACAUUUUAUGCCCUCCAUGGCACGGGUGCUCAUACUCUGGGAUUGGUUCCAACACUGUCUUCUCACCUUUGGAACGUGUACUGCAUCCCAAGAAUGCUGUACGGUACAGCAAUUCUUCACUUCACCAAAGCUAUGGAGUAUAAGCUGGACAAGGCUCAGAACCAUCUUUUCAAGAGAGUCCUUGGGAUUCCCAAUACUGCGGCUAACGAAUGUGUCUUCUUGUUAACUGGUCUUCUUCCCAUCAGUGCUAGAAUAGAUUAUGAAAAGCUUCUGCUCUUAGGACAACUUCUUAACCUAGAUCAGACCAGGUUUGAGUAUGGAACCUUCCUUCUAGCACUGCAUGCCAACACCCAAACAAUCAAGACCCUCAGGUGUAUUCUACAGAAAUAUGGGAUACCACCACUUGAAGACCUGCUUGUCAACCCCAUCCCAUAUCGAGCUUGGAAGCCCACCAUCAAUAAGGCCAUCAACGAUCAUGUCCAAGCUCAGAUGUUACAGGGAGCCGCUUCCAAGCCUUCUCUUGUCUGCUGGACACUGAGGUCCUUCACUGAUCCUUUGGAGCUUUACCCCAAGGACCCUCCCUCUUCCAUUAUCAGACAAGCCUUGACUGUGAGAGCACAACUCCUUACAUCAACAUACCUUACCCAGUCCAGGCUCUGCAAAAUUGGGAAGAAAACAGACCCAACUUGUGCCCUGUGUAAACUUGAAGAGGACACUACAGAGCAUAUCCUUGCCAAAUGCCCACGUACCCUCCACCUACGCAACACUCUCUUGGACAAGAUAAGGAAUCUCCUAAAGGAUUUCCCUUCCUCAACAACCUCCUUCAAUACCAGCAAUCCCUGGCAACUCACAGCAGCCAUCCUACUACCCUAUGAUGCUUCCCUCCCUCACCCGCUAAAUUCCUUGAUCCUAAAAGCUACACUGCACUUCAUCUUUAAGCUGCAUGUCCUUUUCUUGUCCCUUAAACCUGUCAACUCUCAGUAA